AGCCGCCCGCCUCUGUCACUGGGAGACAGUUCACUUAAAUGCAGCUCCAGGGCUGCGGGACACCCACCAGCAUCACUCCCCGUGCGAGGUGGCAAAUGCAACAUGCUCUCCAGCUUGGGGUGUCUACUUCUCUGUGGAAGUAUUGCACUAGCCCUGGGAAAUGCACAGAAAUUGCCAAAAGGUAAAAAGCCAAACCUGAAAGUCCACAUCAAUACCACAAGUGACUCCAUCUUCUUGAAGUUCCUGCGUCCAAAUCCUAACGUAAAACUGGAAGGCUUCCUCCUGGGUUAUGGCAGCAACUUGUCACCAAACCAGUACUUCCCUCUUCCCGCGGAAGGGAGACACACUGAGGCCGUAGUGGAUGCGGAGCCUAAAUAUCUGAUAGUUGUGCGACCCGCCCCUCCUCCAAACCGAAAGAAAUCAUGCUCAGGUAAAGCACGCUCACGCAAACCUCUCCAGCUGGUGGUUGGCACUCUGACGCCCAGCUCAGUCUUCCUGUCCUGGGGUUUCCUCAUUAACCCUCACCACGACUGGACGUUGCCAAGCCAAUGCCCCAAUGACAGAUUUUAUACAAUUCGCUACAGAGAAAAGGAUAAGGAAAAGAAAUGGAUUUUUCAACUCUGUCCAGCCACAGAAACAAUUGUGGAAAAUCUAAAGCCCGACACGGUUUAUGAAUUCGGAGUGAAAGACAACGUAGAAGGUGGAAUUUGGAGUAAGAUUUUCAAUCACAAGACUAUUGUUGGAAGUAAAAAAGUAAAUGGGAAAAUCCAAAGUACCUAUGACCAAGCCCACUCAGUGCCAUCGUAUGUCCCAAGGAAACUAAUCCCAGUAACAAUCAUCAAGCAAGUGAUUCAGAAUGUCACUCACAGGGCUUCAGCGAAAUCUCCAGAUAAGACUCCCUAUGGAGGAACGAUACUAGUCCACCUUGUUAUUCCAGGUCUUAAUGAAACCACCGUAAAACUUCCUACAUCCAUAAUGUUUGAGAUUUCGGAUGCACUCAAGACACAAUUAGCUAAGAAUGAAACCUUGGCGUUACCUGCUGAAUCUAAAACACCAGAGGUAGAAAAAAUCCCAGCACAGCCCAUAACAGUGACUCCUGAAUCAGUUCCAAGAACCACUAAACCCACCGUGCCUAGUGCAUUAGACAUUUCAGAAACAACACUGGUUCUCAGUGAAAGGACGCCGGAAGCAUCGCAAACUAGUCUAAUACCUAGGUUUGAAUUGCCACUGAGCACUCUAGCUCCGAAAAGCAUUCCAGAACUUCCUCAGGCAAAAACAUCCUUCCCUUUUGAGAAAGCUGGGGGCACCUUGGCUUCAAGUGAAAAGCCAUGGAUUGUACCUACAACUAAAACAUCUGAAGAUUCCAAAGUUCUACCACCUCGAACUGCAACUUAUGAUGUUUUCUCAAGCCCUGCAACAUCAGAUGCGCCUGAACUGUCAGAGCCCCACACAGCAACAAGUGAUCCAUUUCUGGAUUCUGUCCCACCUAAAACUUCUAGAACUCUUGAACAGCCAAGGGCAACACUCGCUCCCAGUGAAACACCAUUUGUUCCGCAAAAACUGGAAAUCUUUACCAGUCCUGAAAUGCAACCUACAACACCUGCUCCCCUGCAAACUACGUCCAUCCCUUCUACACCUAAACGCCGCCUCAGGCCCAAAACACCAAGAACCAAACCUGAAAGAACCACAAGUCCUGGAACAAUUGCAUCUAAAGUUUCUAAAAGUUUUGAACCUACACGGACAACGCUGGCUCCCAGUAAAACACAAUUUAUUUCUUUGAAACCUAAAAUCCCUGUCAGCCCAGAAGUGACUCACACCAGACCCGUCUUAGGACCUGGAACACUGGCAACAAAACCUUCAACGACAACAUUAGCUCCACCAAAGACCAAACGGCCAGGUCGUCGCCCCCGCCCUAAAACCACACCUAGUCCGGAUGUGCCCAAGUCCAAGCCUGCUCUGGAGCCGGCUACGGUGCCCCCGGAGUUCUUGGUGCCCACAAUCGUGUCAAAACCUCCCAAAAGACCUAAAACCACAUAUAGACCAGAUGCACCUCAAAUCCAGCCUGAUUCAAAACCACCAAAGCAAUUAUUUCCUAAACACCAAACCGCAGCAAAACCAGAUAUGCCACCAACUAAAUCCGUCUUUGAGCCUGUGACAUCUGAGACUGAAACUCCUUCCAUCACCAUAGUUGCUGCCACAGACAUUGACCUUGUGACUGUAAGAACUGAGGCUCCCAGGACAACAUUGGCUCCAAAAACCCCACAACGGACAAGAACACGUCGUCCACGUCCCAAACCUAAAACCACGCCGAGGCCAGAGGCACCUCAGACUAAACCGGACGUUGAGCCUGUGACGCCUGGGACAUCAUUAGCUCCAGCCAAAACAACAAAGAGACCCCGUCGUCCACGGCCCAAACCUAAAACCACACCCCAUCCAGAAGUACCUCAGGCCAAACUGGUCCCUGCCACAGUCCUUGAACCGGGUGUUCUUAGAACCGAAGCUCCAGAGACAACACUAGCUCCCAAAGAGCCUCCCCGGACCCGUCGUCCACGUCCCAAACCUAAAACCACAGCGAGUCCUGAAGCAGCUCAGCCUGACCUGGUUCCUGCUACUGUCUUCGAACCAGUUACUCCUGUAAGAGAGGCUCCAGGGGCAGCUUUUGUUCCUGUCACAGACUUUGAGCCUGUUACUUUUGCAGCAGAGACCUCUGGGCCAACAUUAGCUCCCAAAGCAUCACAAAGACCGCGUCGUCCACGUCCCAGACCCAAAACCACACCAAGCCCUCAAGCACCUCAGACCAAACUGGUUCCUGCUAUAAUCCUUGAACCUGUCACUCUUAGACCUGAGGCCUCAGGAGCAACAUUAGCUUCCAAAACAUCACAGCAGACGAGUCGUCCACAUCCCAGACCAAAAACCACACCAAGUCCUGAAGUACCUGAGUCCAAACCAGUUCCUACUGCAGGCUUUGAACCUGUUACCUUCAGAACUGAGGCUUGGGUGACAACACAAGCUCCUAAAACGUCAAAACGGACCCGUCGUCCACGUCCCAAACCUAAAACCACACCAACUACCAAGGCGCCUCAAACCACACCGGUUCCUACUACAGAUCUUGAACCUGGUACUGUCAGAACUGAAGCUCCGGAAAUCGUGGUUCUUCCUACAGUCCUUGAACCUGUCACUCUUAGGACCAAGGCUCCGGAAACAACAUUCGCUCCUAAAACAUCACAACGAGCUCGUCGUCCACGUCCCAGACCUAAAACCACAUCAAGCCCUGCUGCACCUCAGACCAAACCGGUUCCUACUACAGGCUUUGCACCUGUUGUCCAUAGUUCUGAGGCCCCGGGAACAACAUUAGCUCCCACUGAACUGCAGCCCCUUAUUUUGAAACCAGUGACAUCACCAAGUCUAGAAAUGACACAAAGUCAACCUGUUUCUGAAGUCCUGGAGUCGGUUACAUUUAGCACUGAGUCAUCCAUGGAAGCUAUAGCCCCAGCCGAAACAGAUUACGUAUAUCCCACUGCCAAAGCACCACUCAGGCCAGAGGAGCCAAAGGCUGAAGUUGUGGAAUCUGUUACAAAUGUGUCAGAACCACCCGAGACCUCGCUAGAGACAUCACCUCUGCCUUCCCAAACUAUAACCCUACCCAGCCCAGAUGAGCCUCGGACUGAACCGGCUCCCAAGCAGACGCCGCGUGCUCCUCCCAAACCAAAAACAUCUGCACAUCCAAGAGUCCCACAAACACAGCCAGCUCCUAAGGUGUCCCAGCAUGUUACUUCAAAGCCGAAAACGUCACCAAGUCCAGAAGUAUCACACACUCCAGCUGUUCCGCGAGACGUGCUCCUUCCCCAUAAACCAGCCCCCGAAGGCUCUCAGAGCGAACCUGUUCUGCAGCCUGUUACCUUUAGCAUUGGCCCACCAGAGGCAACAAUAGGUCCUUUAGAGACCCGAGGCAGCCCUUUCAUUCCCAUGAUUUCACCAAGUCCUAGUCAAGAGGAACUACUAACCGCUCUGGCAGAAACAGACCAAACCACCCAAGAAGUCUUCACCACUAAGAUUUCACGAACAACUGAGCUGGCAAAGACGACUCCGGCACCACACAGACUGUACACCACCCCAGGGAGGCCCAGAACUCCUGACAAACCCCGCAGCAGACCGGGGGUCAAGCAACCGCCAAAGCCAUCAGGUGCUGGUAGAGAUGUGUUAGUGGACUCCACCCAUGCCACAAAAAGACCAGCCACGAUCCCAGGCACUCGCCGUCCACCCUUGCCACCUAGACCCACGCCCCCACGAAGAAAACCUUUACCGCCAAAUAACGUCACCGGAAAGCCAGGAAGCGCAGGAAUCAUUUCGUCAAGCCGAGUAACUUCCCCACCCUUGAGGGCAACGCUCAGACCUACUGAAGCCCCCUUGGAGGGAACAGAGACAGAUAAAAAGCAACCAACGGUUCCUGCUUCGGGAGAAGAUCUUGGUAAUACGACUGACUUUAGCUCAAGCCCAACAAGAGAAACUGAUCCUCUUGGGAAACCCAGAUUCAAAGGUCCUCAUGUGCGAUACAUCCAGAAGCCUGACAACAGACCCUGCUCCAUCACUGACUCUGUCAAACGGUUCCCCAAAGAGGAGGCAACUGAGGGGAAUGCCACCAGCCCACCACAAAACCCACCCACCAACCUCACCGUGGUCACUGUGGAAGGGUGCCCCUCAUUUGUCAUCCUGGACUGGGAUAAGCCACUAAAUGACACUGUCACUGAAUAUGAAGUUAUAUCCAGAGAAAAUGGGACAUUCAGUGGGAAGAACAAGUCCGUUCAAGUUACAAAUCAAACCUUCUCCACAGUAGAAAAUCUAAAACCUGACACAAGCUAUGAAUUCCAGGUGAAACCCAAAAACCCACUUGGAGAAGGCCCGGCCAGCAACACGGUGGCCUUCAGCACCGAAUCAGCGGACCCCAGAGUGAGCGAGCCAGUUUCUGCAGGAAGAGAUGCCAUCUGGACGGAGAGACCCUUUAAUUCCGACUCCUACUCAGAAUGCAAGGGCAAACAGUAUGUCAAAAGGACGUGGUAUAAGAAGUUCGUAGGGGUGCAGCUGUGCAACUCCCUCAGGUACAAGAUUUACCUGAGUGACUCCCUCACAGGAAAAUUUUAUAACAUAGGCGAUCAGAGAGGCCAUGGAGAAGAUCACUGCCAGUUCGUGGACUCAUUUUUAGACGGACGCACAGGACAGCAACUCGAUUCUGACCAGCUACCCACCAAAGAAGGCUAUUUCAGAGCAGUUCGCCAGGAACCUGUCCAAUUUGGAGAAAUAGGUGGUCACACCCAAAUCAAUUAUGUCCAGUGGUAUGAAUGCGGGACCACAAUUCCUGGAAAAUGGUAGAUGCUACAAUCGUGUUCAAAAGGGCCUUCUGUUUCAUCAUGGCAAAAAAUAAUUGGAAACACUAUGGUAUUUGUCACAUUCAUUUAAAGCUGUUAUGUUUACUAUGUAUAAAAGUUUAAAAUCUAAUUAAUAGCAAUAUUAGAUGUUUAUUAGAAAGAUUGCUGAGAAUAUUUAUCAGGUUUUACAAAGUCAUUUUAAGAAAGCAAGAUACUGACAUUAACAGAAUAACUUUUUUUGGGAAGCUGGCUCCCUGUUCAUGGUAUUUUAAGAGAUCAUUUGUAUAUUAUUUAUCAACACUGUUGUAAUGAUGUUUUGAGAUACUUUUAUAACAAAAUUAACAUCGAAAAACUAAUAUACUUUUUAAAAACUAUUUACUUUUAUUAAUGUGUAUUCUUCCUACUGGUGAGUUAAUUCCAUAAAUCUCUACUUGGUUUAACUUAUUAGAUCAAAUUAUCUUCAGCACAUAUAUCUGGGGGAAAAAGGUCCUAACAUUCAAGUUUAUUUAAACUUCCAUUUUUUAGCAACAGCUGAAUAGCUUUUUGAAGCAUUUAAAUAGGUAACCAUUCAUGCAAAUAUACAUUUCCUUAAAUACUUGCAAAUUAUUGAAAAGACUGUUUGAAUCAGUAAAUUUCAUUUCAGCUGAAAAAUUGAGAAUCUGAUGUAUUUUCAAAAUAUUGUUUCAAUACACGUUUCAUUAUUUCUCUACCCAUACGUAUGUUACAAUGUCUGAAUGUACUUGGUCAAACUAUCCCUUUAAGCAAUUAUCUUCCUAUUGUUUUCAAUAUAAUUCUAAUCAAGCUGUACGCAGAGACUGAAUGGGAAGUCUGAGCAUAAAGAGGUAAUGCAUGAUGAGGUACCCGUGGUUUUACAGGAUACUUACUACAUUUUUAUACAUAGGACCUCCAGGAAUGAAUGUAUCAGAGGAUGUUUUCAUAAUUCUAACUCAACCUAUAAUGAAAAUCUGACUCAUUUUUAUUUAAAAAGGUAUUGCUUUCUUUCACUGGGGGAGGGAGACAGGAAUGCUGCAUUGCUGCCCUCAUUCGGAAAGAAAGCUUUCCUGGGCCUACCUUUCAACAUGCUUCAAGUUUAUCGUCUACAUUUUGUAUUUUCCAAACAAGUAUAAACUGCAAUAAAGAGAUGUAGUUUUUUUUAA